AAAAAGAAGAAGAAACAAAAAAAUUUCAAGAAACCAAAAUAAUAAUAAUCAAAUAAGACUGAUAUGUCAAGCAUGGGAUUUAUGUCUACUCUUAAUAGAGUUUUUGUUAGUGGAGCAUUCAGACCUUUCAAGACAACAAAUCGUUACCUAGUCACAGCAUUUAAAGAUGAGGCUCAAAACACAGUAAGAAAGGGUGCAGAUGCAAUGAAACAGGGGGCUGAUGCUGCCAAGAGAGCCAGCCAUGAAGUUAAAAACGAGACUUCCUCUGCUGCUGAUGAGGCCAUGCGCAAGACGAAAGCAGUGGGAGAUAAGGUGGCGGACACCGCACAAGACAUGGUGGAAAAGCAAAACACACGACAACAAACAUGGGAUUCGAUUAAAGAAACUACCAGAAAAUGA